AUGAAGCUCGUGGGAAAAAGCCUCGCCCGCGAUGGGCCCGGCUCCGUCAAGCUGCUGCCGGAGGUGGAUGACGACCUGUGGGACGCGUACAACCUCAUCGCCGCCGGCGACUCCGUCGAGGCCGUCACGGUCCGGAAGAUCACGAGGUCCGGAGGCCGCGACUCGGAGCGCGUCAAGCUGACGCUGGAGGUGGCGGUCGAGUCCACGGACUACGACAAGGACGGCUCCGUCCUGCGCGUCCGCGGCAAGAACCUCUCCAAGAACGAGCACGUCCAGAUCGGCCAGUACCACACCCUGGAGAUCGAGCUGCGGAGGCCCUUCCUCCUCCGCAAGGAGGCCUGGGACUGGCCGGCGCUCGACACCAUCCGCAAGUCCUGCGACGAGACCGCCGCCAACGCCGACCUCGCCGUGCUCCUCAUGCAGGAAGGCCUCGCCCACCUCUUCCUCGUCGGGCGGAGCGUCACCGCCACCAGGGCGCGCGUCGAGGUGCCCAUCCCCAGGAAGCACGGCUCCGGCGCAGUCGCCGCGUACGACACCGCCCUCAAGGACUUCUUCCAGCGCGUCCUCGCCGCCUUCGUGCACCACGUCGACUUCGGCCUCGUCCAGUGCGUGGUGAUCGCGAGCCCCGGCUUCACCAAGGACCAGUUCCGCGACUACAUGCUCCUGGAGGCCACGCGGCGAGGGGAGCUGCGCGCGAUCACGGAGCACAAGGCGCGCUUCGUGCUCGCGCCCGCGCCCUCGGGUUACCCGCACAGCCUCAAGGACGUCCUGGCCGCCCCGAGCGUCAUGUCGCUGAUAAAGGAUACGAGGGCCGCGCAGGAGGUGCCGGCGCUGCAGGAGUUCUAUGCCAUGAUCGCCAAGGACUCGGCGCGGGCUUGCUACGGGCCCAAGCACGUCGAGGUCGCGCAUGAACGUCUCGCCAUCCAGACCCUCUUGCUGACGGACACUUGGUUCCGGAACCCCGACGUUGCUGCUAGGCGCAAGUGCGUCGAUUUGGCCGAAUCGGUGAAGAAGGUCGGUGGCAAUGUGCGGGUCUUUUCGUCCAUGCAUGUCUCCGGCAACCAGCUCGAGCAGCUCACGGGGAUAGCCGCGGUUCUUCGUUUUCCCAUGCCUGAUUUAGAUGACAUCGAGAUGUGAUAAUCGCUAUGCUUGUUUCCUUUGUAGCGUGUUUUACUUUUACUUACUAUCGUUUUAGAUGUCUCAAAUAAAAACUUUGAUCACUUAUUUCUGUUAUACCAAGCAAAGUUUAUAUAUUGUGGAGGUGAUUUUUUUUUUUCAUGGAAAUAUCAAUGUUACUAAGCUCCUAGAAUUGCUAGCAUGUGGUGGCUCGUGGCUUUGUAAGGCAUUGAUGAUGCCUAGUUGGAAGGGUGCGGCUGCCUGACGAGGGUACUAUAUCAGUGUGGCGGUAGUAUAGGUCGUGUUCCUUUAAACCAAGCGACUCACGCAACGGCACAUGAGAGAAAGCACACACAUGCCUACAAAGGAAUGUGCGCGCCCGCCAUUGAUCGGCAACAAAGAGACGAUGUGUAAAAGCACCAUAGGGAUACACAGAGUAACUGCACCGCAUCAACUGACGAGUCAGAACGAUCAUAAAUAAAGGAAAACACAGGUCAACCGUCUCCUGAACUGGCUAGGCAAAACCAAAACGAGCCAGCCAAUCAUAAUAGCACACACAAAAAUGCUAAGCAACAAAUGAUAAAAACGGUGUGGCGAACCGCCGUUUAUCCUGUACCCAAACUACUAGUAAAACCAACAAGAAAAGAACGCAACCACAAACUAGACAUGGGUCGGCUUAAGGCGAUGUGGUGGUAUUGUUAAUUGAAAUUGUCGAUAGAUAUACACCCUCCUAGGACCGCUCGCUUAAAUAUGGGACCUCUCGCGUCUGUUUUGGGAAGGUUCUAGAACCUUCCUCGAACCAGGUUUUCUAUUUGGUACGUUCUUUUUAAUUAUUCUGUUACUUCUUUCCUCUUUCUUCUUCUUCUUUUCUCUUUUCCUUUUAUUUUUUAUUUUAAAAUUUGGAAUGUAUUUUGAAAUUCAUGAAAUAUAUUUCAAAUUAACGGAUUUAUUUAA